AUGGCAAGCUAUUCAGGUAAAGGUGCACCUUCAAAUGGGUCCGUAUAUGUUUGCAACCUACCUCCUGGCACUGAUGAAAGCAUGUUAGCCGAAUAUUUUGGCACAAUUGGGCUGUUAAAGAAAGACAAAAGAACGGGUCGACCAAAGGUAUGGUUAUACCGAGACAAGGUAACAAAUGAACCGAAGGGGGAUGCUACAGUGACAUAUGAGGAUCCACAUGCUGCACAAGCUGCCACUGAAUGGUUCAACAACAAGGACUUCCAUGGAACUACCAUUGGAGUCUUUAUAGCAGAGUCAAAGAGCAAAGAUGACCACUCGUAUAACUCAGAGAAUCUUGUUAAUGAUCCGAAUGCUGGUGGUGAUUUUGGUGGACUAGAGGAAAGUGACAGGGAUGUAAAUGGAAGCGGUGGUAGAGGUAGAGGUCGGGGUGAUGCUUCAGGAAAGGCAUGGCAACAAGAGGGUGACUGGACAUGUCCGAAUACAAGUUGUUCCAAUGUAAACUUUGCGUUUCGUGGUGUGUGCAACCGUUGUGGAAGCGCUCGACCUGCUGGUGCUUUUGGGGGUGGUGCUGGGUCUGGUGGUCGGGGGAGGGGCCGUGGUGCUCCUGACGCAGGGGGGGCUAGCCGUGCAGUUGGUGGUCCUCCAGGUCUUUUUGGCCCAAAUGAUUGGCCCUGUCCAAUGUGUGGCAAUAUCAAUUGGGCAAAGCGUGGAAAAUGCAACAUCUGCAACACCAACAAACCUGGUCUCAGUGAGGGUGGUGUGAGGGGAGGGCGUGGCGGAGGUUACAAAGAACUUGAUGAAGAAGAAAUAGAGGAAACCAAACGACGCCGGCGGGAGGCCGAAGAAGAUGAUGGUGAACUGUAUGAUGAGUUUGGCAACCUCAAGAAGAAGUUUCGUGCCAAAACACAGCAAGCUGAAGCUGGUCAGGGGCUCCCUGGUGCUGGACGGGCAGGAUGGGAGGUGGAGGAACUAGGUAUUAUUUGUUACUUUUAA